GUGCUGGAAGACCAUGCAGUUCAUCGUCCACGAGCUACAGGGACAACCACGAGCCUCGUUCUUGUCCUGAACUUCGCACUUUUGCUGUAAAGAAAGAAGAUAACAUUUUAUCUAGAGAUGUUGGUGGCGACUAGAACAUGGCUGGUGGCGGUUGCCCUCGUCGUUGGGAUGUCGUCUGUGCAUACUGCAGAUACAACACCUCCACGGAAGUGCAGAACCGGGCAAAUAACUGCCUGUAUGAGUUGUUCACAAGUAGGAACUUGCGCCUCAGCUACUCAGGAAUUAACCUCGACUGGCGGUAAAACGUGCACUUCAUCGCAGGUUUGCCGAGAGACCGGCAACACGGCAGUGUGCGUGCCUGCAAGUAGCACCAACGUGUGCAACAAUUGUGGCAACCAACCCAAAGGCUGUGAUCCCUACAACCCGCUUAUUGUACACACGUGUAGACCCGGACAAGCUCCCAUCAAAAUGAAAGAGUGUUCAGGUGCAGAAACGUGCAGCGCAGGAGCUUGUGUUGGUGGCACAUCAGACCCAAAUAGUCCAGCCGCAGUUUGCAAUAAAAAUGAAGCUCUUGCUACUGAACCUAAAUUUUUUUUGCUCAAACCUACAUGCACCUCGGGAGUGCUAUGUUUAGCAAAGACCGUAGACUUCAUUUUCAACUGCUCUUCAGGGUAUUAUUUCGAUCAAAUAUCGGGCACGUGCAAAAGUCUUCCGGUGAAUCACUGUGAAGGCAUCACCGUUGAUGGAAGUUCACCUCAUUUAACCAACUGUUCGAAGUUUGUUGUGUGUCAAGGUGGGGUGGUUGAAAGUGAAAUUGAAUGUGACGCUGGGGAGGUAUUCAGUAGUAUUGGCAACGGUUGUAUUGUUAGACCAACACCUCCAGCACCUUCAGGGUGUCCCGAUAUGGACGGAUGUACUUUCGCGUCCAGUGGUCCCGUAAACACCACCAGCGGUACUGGAACAUCGUCCACCACAACUACACCACCAACCACUGAUAAACCUCCUUGUUCAGCCAGCAACGUCAACAAGCGCUAUCCCCACCCGUCCGAUCCUAAGAGAUACUACACGUGCCGUUUAAUAAGUGGUAUCUACAAGUACGUCGAGUUAAUCUGCAGUGGAAAUAUGGUCUACAACCGAACCACCACCUACUGCGAAACACCAACCACACCUUCCGGCCGCUAAAGCAGAAUUGAUGCAGCUUAGAGGCCCACGUCUACAGGAUUGUCCGUGCAAGAUUCAUACGCAUCAACACCAUCAAAAUUUUAUGGCCCUCGUAGUAGAAGCGAAGCAACGAUUGUAAUCGCUACAACCAUUGUAAUAUGUUUCCCCCAUUGUAACUUGUUUCCCCACAUUGUAACUUGUUACAAUCUUAGUAACCACAUAAAAUUGAGCCCAGAAAAAUCCCGCUUGAUGUCCGUUUUCAAAUCCAGUCCUGUCAGUCCAGUCCCCUGUUAUUUGGUUCUAAAAAACCUACUAGUCUCGCGGAAAGUUGAAUGAUGUUUUGUUUGUAAAUUCGUGCACGGGUUAAGAAUGCGACGUGAAUCCGGAAGAUCUAGGACCGUGAACUGUAAUACUGGACUAUUCACUGAAUAAUGAGUAGCUCACGAUAGCGGAGAACGUACUGGAGUGUUUCUCACGAUGCCUUAUUAUGGAUCGGAAAGGGGAUAUUCUCAAAUUUUUGACAAUACCAACUCUGAUUUUAUGUAAUAAAGACUUACAAUCCAGUUUAGUAUCUUCAACUGACAGGCUUCAACUGACAGGCAGUUUUGGAUUUCCAGUUUUGGAUUUUGGACAGGCUAAAGAAAAUGCCGUGCCGACAUUUUCUUUAGCCUGUCCAAAAUCCAAAACUGGAAUCCCAAAACUAGAUUUACAUGUGAAUCCAGUUUUAUAUCUACUAGUGACAGGUAUACGAUGCAAACUGUAAGACCGUAUAUCUCAAGAUCUUUUAUUUUACAAACUGUUGUUGUAUGAAUUGUCAGAUAUUGUAGACGAUACUAACAACUGGGUUGUAUGACUUUAGACUCUGUAAGUAUGUUCGAGUUUCUGACCAGCUCCCUCAUUACUAGUCCCUGACGUCGUGGUCGUAGACACGUCACUUCCUCCUCUCGUAUUUUAAGGCAUCAGAAGUGUGUUCUUUUUAUUUGAGUGUUGGUUUUGGUUGGGGAAAUAAACUGCAUUGAACUAAA